UGUGAAAUGAUACCCCCAUGCGGUCUGUCCCCGCAUCCUUGUCAGUGAUCAAAUGGGCCCGCCGCCCACUAUAGCGCGUCAUACCUCGGCGAUAUCUGAUACGCUGCUGAUGAUAUCUAGCUGGUCCUAUCUUGUAUGUCACAAGUCACACGGUAGUAUAGGUGGCAGGACACGCGAAGUAUUUCCGUCAAACUUCUGGAUCAGAGUAAGAAUCUGUACUGUCUCUGGUGUGUACAGCCAUGAUGCGAGGGUUACAGAGGCUGGCGUCGCUGCUGGCUCUAUGCCUCCUACUACAGGAGUUCCACGUUACCAUGCAGCUUUCCCCCAGCGGCGAGAUCAAGGACAAGGUCUCUGUGAGCAGUGAAACUCAGCAGGAUGAACAGAUUGACAGCGUCGUGAUCCCCGCCAUAGUGGAAACCGCUCAGCGGGCGAUAUCCAAACGGUCGUUGACGACGUGUUGGAUGGGCUGACGAUGAUGCCGCCGUCGCUACGGUAUACGUCGGCAGCCGCCAUGUACAACGUGCUCGGUUGCCACGAGCUGGCGAUGCGACUGGGGAGCUUGCUGGUCGGUGCGUCCCAGCGCUGGCCCAUAACAACUCGAAUGGAGACGGAAGUCUGCGACGAGGAGGCCGAGCAGCAGUUCGACACGCUCAUGCACGCAGACGAUAGCCUCGGUGCCGUGUACGACGCCCUAGCGGCGGGCGCGUACACCGCUCUCGGCUGCCACCAGCUCGGCCACAAGCUCGCUGGCAAGAUGAUAACGGAUUUCUCACUCAACGAGGCGGAAGCCGGAGUUGCGCUGCCCGACAGCACGCAGAUGGUCGUUCGCAGGAAGCGGGCCGACUGCGAAGCCGAUAAGACCGAAGCUGACAUCUACAGCGUCGUGGAAUGGAUCCCGUUCGUCGGCACGCUCUGGGACGUCGGCUCGACCGUCGCCUACGCAAUCGAGGGCUGCGAGAACUUGGUGAAGGAACGAGGUCUCAGUGCCGCCAUAGGCCUCGCUCUCGACGGUCUAACGGUGGCGACAGGCGGCGCUGCUAUCGGUGCCAGCACGGCGGGUAAGACGGCCGUGAAGGCGGGAUUGAAGGCGGGAGCGAAGGCGGGAGCGAAGGCGGGAGCGAAGGCCGGAAUCAGAACAACGCUGAAGAACGCCGCGCGAACCGGCGUCAAAGGUCUCCUGAAGAAAUUCGCGUCCGAGGGCUCCGAGGUUCUCGCGAAGAAAGCCGCCAAGAAAGGCUUAGGGGAAGCUGCGGAGCGCGGGCUGAAGUCAGGUGUCAAAUACGCAGACGACCUGGCCGCCAUUCUCAGACGGGCCGGCUCGUCGGCGGGCGAUGCCGCCAGCGCUGCCGCUAAAAGCGCCACGAGGACCGGAUCUGUCGGUCGCAUCCUCGGCUCGCUAGACAAGCUUAAGCCGCUUGUGAAGCUCGCCGGUAAGGGCGUGACGGUAGCCUCCUACAUCAUCGACGCCAGUCAGGUGGCCAUCAACUUCGCGCGUGUCGUCACUGGUGAGUGCAUCCACGUCUACUAUCCGGGCAUCUGUGACAAAGAGGCUGAGAUCGUGACGCUGGCGGCUGACCUCGAGCGCAUGAGUGCGGAGCUGAACACGAGCAAGAUCGAGGUCGACGAGCUGCAGCAGACGUUGGAGAAUUACCUCGUGUUGCUCACUGUCAUGAACAAUAACAACGGCCUUAUCGCCCAACUCUACAACAGCAUCGUCAAACAGACGGAAGAAAUAGAGGUGCGAAAAGCGGACAUUGAGUCAGUGCUGGGAGCGGAGAAGGCCGACCAGAUUACGCUCGCUAGCUUCGACGUUGCAAUCGGCUUGGCGGCCAUCGCGCGCACACAGGUGCAGGGAUUCAUAGACGAGGCAGGUAUCAACGCGGCCAUCCAGGGCUCCCUACUCGGCUUCACACUCGUCGGUAUUCCACUCAUGCAGAGCGGCUUUACGCGGCUGAAGGCGCACUACGAGAUAAAGAAGUUAGCGAGCGGACCGAAGGGGCGAGCGCGCGCGGGAGCCAUCUCCAACGUCGACGUGCCUGCGCGCCUGGGAAGGAGGCUGCGCGUGAAGGGUCGCAUCCUCUCUGCGGGUAAGAAGCUACUGAGUGGGGUGGCGUUUGCGCUGCCGGCCGCCGCUGCAGGACUCGUGCUCGGGCUCAGCAUCAAGGCGGAGGCCGACGUCAGCAAGUACCUGACGGAGACGCUAGAAGAGCUGCGUAUCGCCAAGGCCGACGCGCAGGAUCGGCUGGCAAAGGCCGCGCAGACGCAGGUCAACCAACAGCUGCAGUGGGAAGCGUUCGGCACCUUCUUCGUGCAGAUGACGUCGACGUUCGAAAACGGGUCGGCGCCGCUCAUGUCGACGAUGUGCGAGGCGUGCGGCGACUGUCCGGACAUCGUCGACACCAUGUGUACGCAGGGCUGCGCGAGCGACGUCGCCUGCGCCGACAGCUGCCGCGCGACCAAGUCUGACGUCAUCUGCACGACGUGCAGCGACGUGCAGACGUUGUUCUUCUGCACGCCGCUAGGGGAUCUAGUCGGCGAAGGUCUGACGGCUGACAACCUCAACCUCCUCAUCGAAGUACAGGAGAAAGCCAUCGCGUUGCUGUCGUCACAGAACAGAACGCUAACGACGGUGCGCACCUACCUAGACGACCAAUGGGCCGCCAUCCAAUUCGUCGUGAACUCGGCCGGCACGACUCCGCCGAAACCGUUAGCAACGAUCGCGCAGGACCUCGAGCUUCAAGGCUUCCCCGAAUUCGCGAAGAAUCAGAUUCUGGACAUCAUUGCGCGUGCGCAGCCGACGUGGACGAGCUACGACGGCUGCAGCCUGGCGACGCGCGCCUGCUGGCAGGAUACGGCGCGGCAGCUGCUCGCGGAUUCGACGCCGCUCGACGCCAUUACCGCACAAGUGCGUCUCGUUGACGGCUCGGUGACGCGCGAGGCCGUGCUGGGAUUCAUCCGUGAGUCUCGGCCGCAGCUGACGGCGUACGAUGGCUGCCUCGUGCAGCCCCCUUACACGUGCGCGCGCGACAAGAUACGCGAGUGGGUGGACGCGAACAGAUCGGUGGAGUUCAUGCUGGAAAUCCUAGAGACGCUUCAGCUGACGCUCGAUGAGCGACAAAUUCUGCAAAUCAUCGCCAAUCUCAGACCGGGUGCGGCUGCGUACAGGAGUUGCAACCUGCGCACGUUCGUGUGCCCUUAGUUAGCACGCACGCGUAAUGCCUGCUCGACACACCUGUUUAAAUGCCUUACUCACAUUCAGGGGGGAGGGGGAGGUUUUCGUUAAGUACGCACCAUGCGUUUUAGCAGUGUUGAGCAUAAUAUUUAACAUCACAUUUGGAAUAAAUGUUUUUAAGCGACGAUAAAUUACUGUUGAUGUAAUGUGAACACUACUAUAUAGACAUUGUUAGUUGUUUGUGGCGGUUUUAUUUGCUAUUCCAUAUCAAUGCUGCUUGUUACCUAGUAACUUACUACGUGCAUAUAUUUUUUCUGUGAGGCUAAAUAGGAAUUAUUAAAAUAGUAAAAGUAUUACCGCGUGUUUCUAACAAAUAUGGCGUUUUAGGGGUAAGGGUUGAUAUAUUUAAUGCAUCCUCGAUUUUCUAAGCGAUUCUGUCAAUUGAAAAAAUAAACCUCAAUCUAAAUCAUGAUUAAUCACAAUAAUAAUUUAAUUACCAUUUCAGGUUACAUAGAUAUAUGCGCAUAUAAUUAGAGUGAAUACACCGGGUUUUCAUUGGUUUGAUCGUAUUUCAACAGAACAAUACAAUAUUGCUGAUUUAUAAUUAA